GAGUAAAGUAUUCUGUGGUCAAUGUCAAGUUGUGGUUAACUAAGAUUUUCAAAAUAUUUUUUAUUCAAAGAAACAGGAAAUUGAGUGGAAAACAAGUGAAAAUAAUUUGUUAAUGGUCUUCGUGUGGUGGAAAAAGAACAAUAACAAAACUAGGAAGUGGUUUUAAGUAAUUGGUGGUUUUCUGGUCGUUUUAUACUCUUUGAGCAAAGCCGAACCAAAUUAAAACUUUUGGAUAUCAAACUCAAACACAUCAACUUCGUAGCUAACAAUGAGCGAAAAUACAGAGAAACUUGAAAGCUCUUGUGAUGCACGACGAAGAAUCUUAAACAUAGCAGUAUCAACAGUUCUCCUAGAAAGUGGCUUUGACUCUGCUGAUAAAAUAGCUUUAGAAACUUUGACAGAAGUUCUUCAAUGUUUUCUCACAGAAGUUGGAAAUUCAGCCAAAAGCUAUUGCGAGCUGACAGGCAGGACAGAACCAGUGCUUGGUGAUGUUAUGAUGGCACUUAUUAAUAUGGGUAUAAGUGUGCAAGGUAUAGAGCAAUAUGCAGCUCGACCAAACAGGCAUGUGAUUCAACCUCCACAACAGGCCUCAGUGCCGCGCACGCCGGCCAUGUUAUCUGCUGGAUCCAAAGCUAAGCCGGCUCCACACAUACCAUUCCAUUUACCACCAUUACCAGACCCACAUGCUUAUAUUCGGACACCGACGCACAAACAACCAGUAACAGAAUAUGAAGCUAUAAGAGAGAAAGCUGCGAGUCAAAAGAGAGACAUAGAAAGGGCAUUAACUAAGUUCCUUGCUAAGACUAGUGAAACGCACAAUCUUUUUAACACAGAUGACAAUCAAGUCUAUCCAUUAAUAGCAUGCAAGCCUACAUUUCCACCUUACUUGUCAUGUCUCCUGCCUACGGACCAAGUGUUUGACUUUGACGAACUUGAGUACCACUUUCAAGUGGCUAACAGGACAGAAGAUUUGCCAGCUGACAAGAAAGAUCAAUCAGAUAAUGAGGCUGAAAAUGGGGGUGACAAUGAAAAUAGCUCACAACCUGAAAAUCAAGACAUUCCAGCCGUAUCAAGCCCUGAAAGAGUUAAAAGUGGAGGAUAAAAUAAUAUAUCUGUACAUUUCUAAUAUAAUAAUAUGGUAUAAUAAUAAAAUAUAGGAAUAAAUUUUUAUAUUUCA